CUCACAGCCUGUGUAGUGCCUUGAUGUAGGUCUAUGUGAAAUUACUGAAUACCUGAAUAUGGCAUGGCUCAUUUGUUUCUGUGUAUUUGCUGCAGCAAUCGUAGUGGCUCUUUAUCUGAGGAAAAUCCAUGGCUUUCUGGUAGAUGAUAGAGCUCCUCCAAACCUUCCUUCUCUGCCAAUUAUUGGGAGUCUUCUGAGCCUAAGGAGUGAGAGCGCACCGCAUAUUUUCUUUCAGGAGCUGCAGAAGAAAUAUGGAGAUAUUUAUUCGCUUAUGAUGGGCUCUCAUAAAGUUAUCAUCGUCAACAGCUAUCACCACGCGAAAGAGGUCUUGCUUAAAAAAGGGAAAAUAUUUGCAGGAAGACCACGCACUGUUACUACAGACAUUUUAACACGUGAUGGGAAAGACAUAGCAUUUGCUGACUAUAGUGCCACAUGGAAGUUUCAUCGAAAAAUUGUACACGGAGCUCUGUGCAUGUUUGGAGAGGGAACUGCAUCUAUCGAGAAAAUAAUUUGCAGAGAAGCGAGCUCUAUGUGUGAAAUUCUGACUAACAUGCAGAGUUCUGCAGUAGACUUGGCCCCAGAGCUGACCCGUGCUGUCACGAAUGUAGUAUGUACCCUCUGUUUUAGCUCCUCGUAUAAACGUGGAGAUCCUGAGUUUGAAGCUAUGCUCCAAUACAGCCAAGGAAUUGUGGACACAGUUGCCAAGGAUAGUUUGGUGGAUAUCUUUCCUUGGCUCCAGCUCUUUCCAAAUGAAGACCUCAGAAUUCUAAGACGUUGUGUUUCCAUUAGAGACAAACUCCUUCAGAAGAAAUAUGAUGAACACAAGGCGGACUUUAGUGAUAACAUCCAGCGAGAUCUGUUGGAUGCUCUACUGCGUGCCAAGCACGGUUCUGAGAAUAACAAUACAAGCACCCAGGAUGUUGGUCUUACUCAUGAUCACCUGCUUAUGACUGUCGGGGAUAUCUUUGGAGCAGGAGUGGAAACUACAACCACUGUGCUGAAGUGGUCCAUUCUUUAUCUUGUACAUCAUCCACAGGUUCAGAGAAAGAUUCAAGAGGAGCUGGACACUAAGAUUGGGAAGGACAGGCACCCCCAGGUCAACGACAGAGGAAAUCUUCCUUACCUGGAAGCCACCAUCAGAGAAGUGCUUCGAAUUCGGCCAGUUUCACCACUUCUCAUCCCUCACGUAGCUCUCUCAGAUGCAAAUAUUGAAGAAUACACCGUACAGAAAGGAACCAGAGUCAUUAUAAAUCUGUGGUCUUUGCAUCAUGAUGAAAAAGAGUGGAAAAACCCAGAACUAUUCAAUCCAGAGCGUUUCCUGAAUGAGGAAGGCAACAGUCUGUGCUGUCCAUCACUCAGUUAUCUACCAUUUGGUGCUGGAGUGCGGGUGUGUCUUGGUGAGGCUCUGGCUAAGUUGGAGCUCUUCCUCUUCCUGUCAUGGAUUCUGCAAAGGUUCACUCUGGAGGUACCUGAGGGUCAGCCUCUGCCUGAGCUGCAGGGCAAAUUCGGAGUUGUUCUUCAACCCCAGAAAUAUAAAGUUAUUGCCAGGCUCAGGACAGGCUGGGGAAAGCAGCUACAGAGCCAAGAAUCAGGCUAAGAUUAAAUACAUUUCAGAGAUUUGCUAACGAAAAAAAUUGAACAGAAGAGUUUUGUUUUUAUCAUCUUAACCCUUGUGUUCGAAACUUAGCAAUGAAUGUACUGUUCAUGGGCUGUAUUGACUUCAAGCAGCCGAGACAAAAAAUAACAUCAAAAAUGGCUAGCCUUGAACAAAUAUACGUCUUUGUGGAACAGUAAAAACAUAAAAAUCCUCUUCUCAUGCCUGGAGUCAUUCCUAAUAGCAGAUGUGCAAUCAGGUACAAGUGCAAAUAAGACAUGGUGAUAUGUGUGUAUGUAUAUAAUAAUAAAAUUCACCAAUUGUUUUAUUUUUGCAGAAAUCAGUUGGUGUGCUUGAUAUUUCACUAUGUCUAUAAACAGUUUUAUUCUUGGGCCAAAAUGACCAGAAAAUCUUUGUGUAAUAUACUGUAUGUGAAAUAAUCCUUUUUCAUGUUUAAUAAAGAAUUUACAGCCAGUCUGCUAUAGAACAUGAUCCAAUAUCAUGGUGUGGCUUUUGACUGAAUUAUUACUACUGCCAUAUUUGUCCGAAUUCAGAGAAUAUAACCAUGAAUAAACAGUUAUCACAAAACACUG